AUGUCAUCGGUGUGGGUGGGCGCUGUCCUUCUCUUUGGCUAUUUUGUCGCCAAAGGGCUUGUCUCACCUCUAUCCAAGGUACCAGGUCCUUGGUACACUCGCUUCACAAGUCUUUGGAUCAAGUACCAGGAGUUUACAGCGAAUAGACGGGAGUCCAUCCAUCGUCUUCAUCAAGUAUAUGGCCCUGUUGUACGUUUGGGACCCAAUGAGGUAUCCUUCACGGGUUCAGAUGCUAUCAAAGAGAUUUACGCCUCUGGAGGCAGUGGCUAUGACAAGACUGAAUUCUAUACCCUUUUCAAACAAUUCAAAACCAAGACCUUGUUUUCAACACUAUCCAAGGACGAUCAUAGCAAGAGAAAGCGUCUGUUUGCCGAGCGGUAUGCGAUGACCAACGUCAUGAAAGCAAGGCCUCUUGCUGCUAUUACGGAUCGGGCAAUGGCUUUCGUAUCCAAGUGCACAGAAGCUGGCAAGAAAAGCGUUGAUGUUUAUGUGCUCCUCCAUUGCUAUGCUGUCGACUGUGUCACACAUUUCAUGUUCAGCCCGGGCGGGCUCAAGUCACUAAAUAUUGAAAAGGACUUUGAGAUAAUGAAAGAGCUGACUUACCACCAAAGCCUUCAGAUGAAACCAGAAAGCCUUCUGGCAUAUUAUCUUCCCUCCUGGGAGCCCUAUUUCCCCAAGUUCCUCUACCCACGCAGCGCACCGAAGACCAACCAGUUCGUUCUGGACAUGGCUGCACAAACCCAGGUUGAGGAAUAUACGCUUCUGGAAAAGCUUAAGCGUAAAGAAUCGGGCCUCGAACUCAUGCAAGCAGCUGCCGAAUGCAAGGACCACAUGGCCGCGGGCAUCGACACUACCGGCGACGGACUGUGCUUCUUGAUGUGGGAGCUCUCACGGCCCCAUAAUCUUGAAUUUCAGGAAAAAUUACAACAUGAGUUGAAAAGUUCAUCAUCUGACGCCUCGUUCGAUAGCCUUGUGUAUCUUGAUGCAGUGAUCAAAGAAGCCUUGCGCUGUUCCCCACCGAUCCCGAUGUCUUUACCGCGAUAUGUGCCCGCAGGAGGAAGAUUGAUCGAUAGAUACUUCAUCCCAGCACAAACAAUUGUAAGCUGUCAGCCAUACACUGUGCACCGGAGCUGCGAGGAGGUGUUUCCAGACCCAGACCGGUUUUAUCCCGAUCGAUGGCUCGAUGCCAAAGGCGCUGCGGAGCGAAAUAGGCAUUUCUUUGCCUUUGCAGUCGGUGGGAGGGGGUGCACUGGGAAGAACCUUGCCCUGGUUGAGAUGAAAAUACUUGUUCGGGAAGUGUACUCUCGAUUUACUACCACAGUGGCGCCUGACAUGAAUGGUUCUAUGAAGCUGGAUGAUCAAAUCAUCUCGGCACGACCGAAGGGCCAGACGUGCAAAUUGACUUUUACGGAGAUAUAG